AUGGCCGACGUCAAAACGCACGCGUCCUCUAAGCCGCCUUCUCGUACCAUCCUCAGCCUCGGCAACUUGCCGCCAAAGCGCACCCAGUUUGAACCCGUCAGGACGGCGUCGCGCGUCGAUCCGGAGAACCCCCCAUGGCCAGCCUACAGAGGCUACCACAAAUUCUCCUUCGCCAAUGCGACAAUGGGUCAGCGUCUGCCCACCAUCCUUGGCAAGGCAAUCGACGAUACGAUCCGCACUCUCAACGAGGAGUACGACGAGACGCGCAUCGUUGAUCUGACCAAGUGCAUCGAACGUAUGCAGGAGCUUAUGAAGGAUCUGCAAACCAACCAGAACCUCAGAGUCAUCAAAGACGACGGCGAGGGCGAUGUGGCGAUGUGGAACAAGGAGAUUGCCAAAUUCUUUCGGGGCAAAAACUUUAUGAAUGCCACCUGGCUCUUCGCCGAAGCCUACAAGUACCGUCGCCUUCACGAGUGCUUCUCCAUCUCGCAACACUGGAAGGACUAUGACGUCUUCUUCCGGCAGAAGUGCGACACGUUCAGCCGCUCCUCGACGGCCGUCUUCGAGCUCUCGACGCGCUUUGCCGAGCCAUUCGAGUAUGCCAAGCAGGCCUCUGAUGCCGACAAGUUGAAGGCGGCCAAGCUCGUCUUCCAUGAGUUGACCCAGGUCUGCUUGUGGGGCAAUGCGACGGAUCUGAGCCUCCUGAUCAACAUGACGGAGGACGACAUCAAGAAUCUGCAGUCGACGGGUGGAGAGCAUUUGGCUGAAACCGAGAAGAAUAUCCUGGGCAAUGACCUUGACAAGAUCUGGGAGACCAAAGUAUCGAAGCUCAAGGGCGGUCGAAUCGACUUCGUUCUGGACAAUGCUGGGUUUGAGCUCUACUGCGACUGCGUAUACGCCGACUGGCUGAUCCAGAGCGGUAUCGCCAAUGAGAUCCACUUCCACGGCAAGCGAUUCGCCUGGUUCGUCUCCGAUGUCACUCGAAAGGAUUGGUCGUGGCUCCUCAACUCGAUGAUGUACGGCUCUCUCUUCCCCAACGCCUCGGACUCCGAGCUUGCCUCGCUGCGUCAGAUGGCUGCCAGAUGGAAGAAGUACGAGCAGGAGGGCAAAUGGGUCUACGAGCAGCAUCCCUUCUGGUGCACCGGCUACGCCUACUGGUCACUCCCUUCUGAGGCGCCCGAUCUCUUCAUUCAUCUAGCCGAGUCGGACCUGGUCAUCUUUAAGGGAGACCUCAAUGCUCGUCGUCUUUGCUACGACUGUCAAACUCCCGCAUCGAUUCCAUUCGAAACGGCCAUUGGUCCCAUGAGCUCGGCAGAUGGAGCCCCGCCCGUCGUGUCGCUCAGGACCGUCAAGAGUGACGUGGUCGUAGGAGUAGAUCAGGAAAGGGCGGAUAAGCUGGACAAGGAGGAGCCUGGUUGGAGGAUCUCGGGCAAGUACGCCGUCGUGCUGUACAGUGAGGGGACGCCGGGGGAGCCUAACCCGUAG